CACUCUUUUACCUUCCCCAUUUCGUCGGUCACGAUGUCGACUCUCCCCGUCACAUCCAUCCUGCACUCACUGCAGCAUCAACGAAAGUCGCUCAACCACAGAGCGACAUCUCUGGCGCUCAUCAGCCUUAUCGUUGUGUCAUUUUACAUCUUUUUCGUAGCAAGGCCUUCAUUAGACCUUGCUCCAAUAGCACUUCGGACCGACGCACUCGGUCACGCAGGUACACAUGGUUCACAUCAACAAGACAGAGACGAUCCCCCACCAUCCUCUAGACUAUUCCGUCUCCCUUCAAAUAGUCAAAGAAAGACCGUCGUCAGCAAUCUCAACCGUCCCCAAAUCAAACUGGACGAGUCUCAAGAAUUGGCAGCAGUAGCCGCUUUCUUAGCUGCCCUACCACAGAACAUGAUUCCACGUUCAAUAGAUCCAAGUAAACCUAUCGAUCCUCAACUUGUACUCGACUUCGACACUCGCAGUCCACGCGCUGCAGACGAACUAAAUCAGAUUGUCCAAGAUGUGUGGUCUCGCUAUCCCGUCAUGUUGUUCACCAAGGUCCACAAUGCACAUUCUAGGGAAAUAAGACGUAUCAUUGCAGUUAUGGACUUGCAGCCGCCUCCCGUGAGUUUUGAAGUUGAUCAACGAGAGGACUCAGACGUUUUGAUUCCUUUGUUACAUCGUCUCACGUCUUCAAACGAUCUUCCUCUCAUGCUUAUUGGGGGAAAACCCGUUGGCUCUAUGGCUGCCAUCCGCGAGCUUCAUGAGUCCGGGGAACUCCAGAGGUUGAUUACCAAUGCCGGUGCGGUCAUUGACGGCAAUAAGAAGAAGAAAGUACACUGAAGGAUAAUAUUUUCCAAUGGACUUUUCCCAUCACAUUUCAAAACGACCUAACGACCGGCAUGACCACUCAGCGAUCGUAUGAUCCAAAACUUUCAUGCAAAUGUACAUACCACAUCGGAUAAUCCCAGGUGGAUGGAUAUUCAAUCGCUAUCGCAUGCCAUAAAUCACCAACUUUUGUCCCUCGUUUAUUUCUCGUGGUGUUAUAGCCGGAUUAUUAUAGCUCGCUUUGAUUCUUGCUUUCUUCUGCAUAAUAAUGGACGCCAUCAACAGAAUUACCCGCAACCAUAGAGACCUUUGA